UCGCAGCCACAACACAUUAUUCAAUGUUGCAAAAUUAAAUCGUAAACACUGACUCGGCUCUUUUCUUAACAGCGAAAAGGCAGCGUUAGCAAUUAAAAAUUCAUUAUUAUUUCAUUUCGCGGAGCGGGCGCGGCGCCACAUGACACGCGCAACGGAGUUUGCUUGGAGGCAGGGGGCGAUUAUUUAGAGACAAAGCGCGGAAUAAUGACGUUGGAUGACUGCUUUCUUCGACUAACAGCCCGCUGGCUGCCGAAAUGGAAGCGAGCCAACAAAUUGUUUUUCUCGCCGGCCAAUAAGCACAAGCCGCGAGGCAGGGAGCACACGACAACGACAAUCGACGGGCUGAUUUGCAUUCUGCGAUAUUUCCGCCUCUGCUCUCUUUUGUUCUUUGUGGCAGCUUCGCGUUGCGUCUCCGCCACCAGCCCCAGAUGGUCGCAACUUUGUUUGUGGGCCCGCCGGCCGCAGCAGGUACGAUGAACUCUGCGCCGGCGGCGGGUCAGGGGAUGGUUGCCCUCUUGGUGAUGGUGGCCAUCGUGUGUCUGGUGCUGGUCUACUACUGCUGGGGCGCAUGCUGCCGCUCCAUCUGCCCCCGGAGAGCCUCUUCCCUUGAACUCGACCCCGAGUUCAGUCAGCCAACCAUUAUCCUACUGCCCUACGGCCGCAUGGUUGUUGUAGACAGCAGGUUGUUUAACCAGUUGCAAGCAGGCAGUGGGCUGGACCUGACCGAGAUAGGUCGGCAGAUGACGGAAGAGGCGGACAGCCCCGCUGAAACGCCGGAUUCAGAGGCCAAAGACAGGCUGACCGCGUUGCUUAUGCCUCCUCCUCCUGCCUACGAGUCAAUUUUCGGCCUGGAGGACAACCCACCCUCGUAUGAGGACCUGCUGCGGAGGCAGAGGGUGUGCAUCCUCACCAUGGAGCCGCAGCCAUCAAGCAGCGCGACCAACUCGGACUGUGGAGACGAUUCCCUCAGGGAAAGCAGUGUUUAAAUUCGCGAACAAAGCAAAUCAUCGUUUCUAUUCUAUUUUUGUGACUGAAUCAAAGUACAUAUUAUUUUAUCCUUGUGUUUCUUUCCGUGAGAGUGGCAGGGAAGUUAGUAAAGCCACAAGUAACUGUGAUAUUACUUGCUAAGAGAUAGAAAUGCUCGUAGGGGAUUCAUGGGAAGCUCAAAGUGUACCAAAAAUUAUAUAAUGGAUGACUUUGACAUGGGUUUGAGCCGACAAUAAUAACUCCAUUGUGCUCUAUUGCUGAUGUAAGUCUUCAAGCAGCUGGCCUUUAUCAAACAGCUGCUUCAGCACUAAACCACAAAAUGUCCAUUGUUUCAAAUAAUACUGAUAGGUACAUAAAAAUAAAUGCAUGAAUUUAAAAGAAACAUUGAAGGUCUAGAGUUGCCAGUACAGAAGACCAAAAAAAUCCUUGGAUUGCUAUUUUAAAGGCCGCAAUUAUAAUUUUUGCGGCAUGUUAAAUGGAGUCGAAAAUGCUUUCUAAGUUAUUGUGGUUUCUAAUCCCUUAAUAUAUGUAUAACUUCUGCUGAAGUUCGUGGAAGGGUCGUUCUAUGGCUUGCGUGAUACCGUUAACGGCUACUUUCAAGUUUAAUGUAUUGUAUAAUUCUGGCAACUCUACAUCCCUGUUACAGCCAAAAUAUAUACAUUUAUAUUUUCUAGCCCCAGAUCUUUUGGGGAAAUAAUGAACUCAUUUUAUCAGUUUCCCAUUUAAUGUUUUAUGCUCCAAAGAUCAAAUUUUCUACUUCACUGUGCUCUCUAGUCAAUGUCAGAUUGCUAUCAGUUCACGAGAUUGCCCCUAGAGAAAAGGUGUAAUGUGUUUUUAAUGUUGAAAUGGUUUAAUUAUCAAGUGCAUCAGCCACUGAUGCUACGAACGUCCAAGUACCUGACGAUAGCUGCAGCAAAAUAGUCGCCCCCAUUUAUGGUCUACCUAAUUACACCAGACAUUCCACCCUUCAACACCAUCUAAUGUCUCCUUGAUGUUGCCCCAUUUUCCACUUUUGCCAUUGUUCCAAGAUUAUUCCAUUAUUGUCGGCCUCAUUCAAUUGCCAUGUACCAAGACAACACAUUAAGUUGAUAUUUCAAAGAUAUUAAAAAAAUGUGUUUUAUUCUAAA